CCUACCUGGGUGCCACUAGGGUAGGAAGUUUUCUGUUUGUUUUGUUCUGUUUCCGAGGGUCCUGUGCACUUCUCUUGCCUGGAUCACCGUGACUGGUGGUGGUUUCUGCACACCCUGCUCUGUGGGGGAGUGCCCCAACGUGCCUGUCUUAUGUGGCCUCUAUGGACACACUGCUUAGCUGGCAGAGAGCAGGGAAGUUUUCUCCCAGCACCCAAAAAGAGAAAGAGGAAACUACUUUUUCCUUCUGGGCUCCUUGCAGCACAAUAGACCAGGAUAAGCUUCCACAUUCUCUCCCUGGAUUUCUGGAGUGGUUUCCAGGAAGAAGUUAAACUUUUACCUUUAAAUGGAUGACCAUGUCACAAUCAGGAAGAAACAUCUCCAAAGACCCAUCUUUAGACUAAGAUGCUUAGUGAAGCAGCUGGAAAAAGGUGAUGUUAACAUCGUAGACUUAAAGAAGAAUAUUGAAUAUGCAGCAUCUGUGUUGGAAGCUGUGUACAUUGAUGAAACAAGAAGACUGCUGGACACCGAAGAUGAGCUCAGUGACAUUCAGACAGAUUCGGUCCCAUCAGAAGUACGGGACUGGUUGGCGUCCACCUUCACAAGGAAAAUGGGGAUGAUGAAAAAGAAAUCUGAGGAAAAACCAAAAUUUCGAAGCAUUGUGCAUGCUGUUCAAGCUGGAAUUUUUGUGGAAAGGAUGUACAGAAAGUCCUAUCACAUGGUUGGUUUGGUAUAUCCAGAAGCUGUCAUAGUCACAUUAAAGGAUGUUGAUAAAUGGUCUUUUGAUGUAUUUGCCUUAAAUGAAGCAAGUGGAGAACACAGUCUGAAGUUUAUGAUUUAUGAACUGUUUACCAGAUAUGAUCUUAUCAAUCGUUUCAAGAUUCCUGUUUCUUGCCUAAUUUCCUUUGCAGAAGGUUUAGAAGUUGGUUACAGCAAGUACAAAAAUCCUUAUCACAAUUUGAUUCAUGCAGCUGAUGUCACUCAAACUGUGCAUUACAUAAUGCUUCAUACAGGUAUCAUGCACUGGCUCACUGAACUGGAAAUUUUAGCAAUGGUCUUUGCCGCUGCCAUUCAUGAUUAUGAGCAUACAGGAACCACAAACAACUUUCACAUUCAGACAAGGUCAGAUGUUGCCCUUUUGUAUAAUGAUCGCUCUGUCCUUGAGAAUCACCAUGUGAGUGCAGCUUAUCGACUUAUGCAAGAAGAAGAAAUGAAUGUUUUGAUAAAUUUAUCCAAAGAUGACUGGAGGGAUCUUCGGAACCUAGUGAUUGAAAUGGUUUUGUCUACAGACAUGUCAGGUCACUUCCAGCAAAUUAAAAAUAUAAGAAGCAGUUUGCAGCAGCCUGAAGGGAUUGACAAAGCCAAAACUAUGUCCCUGAUCCUCCAUGCGGCAGACAUCAGCCACCCAGCAAAAUCCUGGCAACUGCACCACCGCUGGACCAUGGCCCUGAUGGAGGAGUUUUUCCUACAGGGAGAUAAAGAAGCUGAAUUAGGACUUCCAUUUUCCCCUCUUUGUGAUCGGAAGUCAACGAUGGUGGCCCAGUCACAAAUAGGUUUCAUUGAUUUCAUAGUAGAGCCAACAUUUUCUCUUCUGACAGACUCAACAGAGAAAAUUAUUACUCCUCUUAUAGAGGAAGCCUCAAAGACAGACACUUCUUCCUAUGGGGCAAGCAGACGAUCGAAUAUGAAAGGCACCGUGAACGACGGAACCUAUUCCCCGGACUACUCCCUGACAAGCGUAGACCUACAGAGCUUCAAAAACAACCUGGUGGACAUCAUCCAGCAGAACAAAGAGAGGUGGAAAGAGUUAGCUGCACAAGGUGAAUCCGAUCUUCAUAAGAACUCAGAAGAUGUAGUAAACACUGAAGAAAAACAUGCGGAUACACAUUCAUAGGUUUGAAAUACCUUAAAGGCUUCUGUCAGUUUAAACAUGAGAGACUUCUAUAGUUACCAAUAUUGAAAGGCUUUAAGUAAAAGGAAAGCAAAGCAAAAUAUGGAAAACAAUUUUUUUGCAGCUCUGAAGAACGGGGUAUUUAGAUUGUCCUUAUUUCAAAUACACGGAAGCAACAUGAGAAGUCAGGCUAUUCAGAAGCUGUGGUUGAAGUCCUGUGAUAACAGUGGAGCUUUAGCCUGGCUCUGUGACCCGAUGACCAUUGUAACUCUCAAGCUGGGAAUCCACAGUGAAACCCAUCCCUGAAACCAGCGGACCACCUUGCAUCCAUCCCUGUGGUUUCAAAGCGCGAAAACGUCACCCAUAUGGGGGUCAUCACAAUGCAAGUCACACGUUACCUACACUCCAGGAUGACAAGAACCUUCAGCCAUUGUUGGAGACAGGUGUUGUUAGAACUGAGAAUGGAAUUUGCCUUCUGGGGUGUUGAUCCCACUAGGACGUAACAAAAUAUAUUACAGGCCCAGGGAUAAGUGACAAGAAAUGUGUGUGUGUAUUGAAAAAUAUCUAUGAAAAUGGAAACCCACACUUUUCUGUACAGAUAGUAUUAUUUGGUGUGACUUUUUGAUUCUACUACACAGAAACAGACUGCAGCUCUUGGAAACUCAGCUUGCUUGCCAUGUUUUGCCUGAGCAUGUGCAGAGCCUUUCCUUUGCUCCAAACUGAAGAACAACUUUUGUUAGUUAUUAGCUGACAAGAAAGGUCAAGCACAGUUAGGGGCUGUAACUUUUCACUGUACAAACACUUCAAUGAUUCUGAGAUGAAUCUAUCUUUGUGAAAGGUAGAAACUGGAUGGAAAAAAUCAAAAGUAGCCAUCAAUUAAAGAACAAAGUGAAGGAGGAUCCAUCCAUACUGUUUUCUGUUGCACCUGCUUUUUUCUUGGGUUCCACAAUGCUAAGCAAUAUUUUAAAAAUUGAUAUAAUCAGAAGCUUUUAAGUCUGAGUGGUGGGAUUUUAGAACCCACAACUUAGAUCUCCUUGAAUGUGUAAGCCAUAUUCUAUAUGCAUAUUAGGUAUGCAUUGUUCUAAUUUAAGAUAUAUUUGUGCAUAGACUGUGUAUAAAAUGCUUUUAAAUGUUCUGUGAAUAAGGUCCUUAGUUUUUGGUUCACCUGAAUCUUGUGUAGAACUCAGCUAAAUAAUUGAUUUGUAUCAUAGACAUUAUAAUGCAAUUGGUAUUUUAAAUGUAAGCAGUACAAAUUGAUUUUUGAUGACGUGUUGGGGGAGAUUUAUAGAUAUGUACAUCAUGGUGACUUUGUCUUUUAACAAUGGACUUUUUAUUUCUAUUUAUGAAGAAAUUGUAACUACUGCUUUCAAUGUCUUUUUAAAAAUAGCUAUUUACCAGCUAGGAAAUAUUCUGCAUUUAAAAUAGAAUUUGACUGGGAAGUGUAAUUACUUUUGUUCUUAUUUGAGCCAGUUGUCUUUCAGUAAAGCUAGAGAAUCUCUCCAGGGAGAAGUAAAUUGAGACACUGCUUCUCAAGGGUCAUAGGAAACUUGUCCGCUUUGCUCCUAUUGAUACUUUAGGACCUAUAGACUGUUACUAAAAAAAAAAAAAAAAAAUAGAGAAAUAUAAUGGAUUCAUCAGUUUCUGUAUAUGGCCUCUCCCCUAAUUUUUCAGGUUAUUUAACUUAUAAAAAGCACCGUGACUGAAUUUCUGGAGGGAGUGGAGAAAACACGCUCCACUUCUUCCGAAGAAUUGUCAUGCUGUUGAUGCGCUUUUUCUCUUCCUCAUCUCCCCUCGUCUCUCCUUUCCCGCCUCCUCCCCUUUCUACUUCUCUCCUUCUCAUCUCCCUUCUUCUUUCUUGCCUUC